GCAAAAAGGCGUGAUUGACGCUAUCAGAACGUCGAUUGACCGAUCUCAGCCCCCUGGUUAUCAUCAAGCAGGGUCCUGUCCUUAUAAGAUGGAUAUCAAGGAUUGGGGAUCCCAGAGCUGAGCUGUGUCAAUAACUUGAUCCAAGCAUUGUCUACGUACCAAUUCUACAUCAACGUACCACUCAACCACAAUGUCCGGACUACCGCCGCCACCACCUUUGCCUGAUGCGGACCUUGCUGCUGCUGAUGUGAAGGCUGUCGGCUUCGUUGACAAUGGCCCGACAUUAUCCGACCGAGACGAAGAUAGCAUCAACCUGCAGAAAGAAAUUUAUGAUACCAGCGCGAUCGAUCCUGUUUUGGCAAAGAAAAUGGCGCUGACGAAUAAUGCGCUCGACCAAAUCGGCAUGACCCCCUGGCAAUGGAAGCUGUUCUGCUUGAACGGGUUCGGCUAUGCUGUGGACUCCUUGCUCGUUGUCUGUCAAUCGAUUGCUCAGCCUGCGGUAACUCAGGAGUUUGGGAACCCAAGCAAGUACAUUGCUGGUGUCGCACUGGCUUCGCAGGUCGGACUGUUGGUUGGUGCCGCUCUCUGGGGUUUCAGCGCCGACAUCAUUGGGCGUCGCACAGCGUUCAACUCGAGCCUCUUCAUCUGCGCAUUGUUCGUCCUGAUUGCGGGUGCAAUGCCAAACUAUAUCUCCUUUUGCGCCAUGGUAGCGAUUUACUCCGCUGGAGCUGGCGGCAACUAUAUUCUCGACGCGACAAACUUGAUCGAAUUUCUCCCCGCUAGUCAUUACUGGCUUGUGACAUUCAUGGCUGUAUGGUGGGCGGUUGGAUACAUGGUCACUGGCUUUCUAGCAUGGGGUUUCAUGAGCAACUACUCAUGCGCUCCAGACGCCACCGUCGCCGAAUGUACUUGGCACGACAACCCUGGUUGGCGAUACCUCCACUUUACCUGCGGUUCGCUGGUCUUGAUUGCCGCCACGCUUCGAGUGCUGAUUCUACGCAUGCCACAAACUCCAAAGUGGCUGAUUUCACAAAACCGUGACGCUGAAGUCGUUUCCACCCUGGCUACGAUCGCGCAGAAGUAUGACCGGCCUUUCUCCCUGACGGUGGAGAAACUCGAAGGUAUUGGCCGCGUCUUGCACACCGAGAAGAGUGUCUUCUCGGCCUUGCGUCUCAAGAAACAUUUUUCGCAGCUUUUCAGCACGAAACGUCUUGCCUAUUCAACCAUCAUGAUCAUCCUCAACUGGACUGUCAUUGGCACCGUCAGCCCGCUAUAUAGUGUCUUCCUGCCGUAUUACCUCAAGUCACGAGGCGCAGACACUGGUUCCGACGACAACUAUACUGUCUGGCGCAACUACGCUCUCAACCAGUUUUCAGGCGUAUUCGGGCCCAUCAUCGCUGCUGUUCUUGUCGAGGUUCGGUGGUUCGGCCGGCGAGGUACAUUGGCCGUUGGCGCAGCCAUCACCACAGCCUUGCAAUUUGGUUAUACUCAGAUCAAGACCCCAGCGGAGAAUGUGGGCGUCUCUUGCGCGAUAUCAGCGGCUAGCAACAUCUACUACGGCACAAUAUACGCAUAUACGCCAGAAAUCCUGCCUGCCGCUCACCGAGCAACGGGAUACGCCAUCUGUGUGGUGCUGAACCGGGUUGGUGGUAUCGUUGGUGUUCUGGUGGGAAGUUAUGCCAAUGUCGAGACCACCGCCCCGUUGUUCGUUUGCGGGGCGCUGUUUGGAACGCUGAUCAUCUUGAGUCUUCUGCUGCCUUUCGAAACCUUGGGGCGGAGAACAGUGUGAAGCAACGAUAUCGGGAGUGGUCUCCAUCUCGUGAAUCGGAAAGCCGUGGAAGUGACAUAGACACUCUAUGCAGCCGGCCCAUCAUUAUAGCUGGCGAUAGUAGCCGGUGUGAGUGGUUCGUUGAUCGUUUCAAGAAUAUGCAUGGCAGAACCCGUAUUGAAAUAACUCAGCGGCAUACCACUCCUCAGUGCAUUCCUUGCAAACCUGACUUGGAUUUACUGACGACAUGGACGAUCGUCACAUCGCAAUUACCUCAACUGGCGCAUAGGAGUUUCGUGCUGUAUGUGUGAGGCUCCUCUAUCGUUCCAGUGAGGAUCUUCAGCCAAGGCACUACUUACAGUAAUU